AACGAACCUUUCGUAAAAGAUAUUGUAUAGAAGAAGUUGGUUAAGUUCUAAAUAAUAAGUAAUUAACCUUUUAAGUCUCUAUAAUCCGUUUACAAAGUACACGGAUGAGGCUCGAUAGUGGGUCAAGACUAACCCUAUCCUCACUCAGUCUCAGCCUAGCCAGCCCUAGCUUCAACUCUAGACCCAAAGUUACGGUUAGAUGCGGGGCUAAUGCUAAUUAAAUGGAUCUUUGAUCAUGAUAGUGGAGAAGAGCAGGGAUUCGAUCCAUUUAAUUCCAAGGUUAUAGACCGAUGUACCCAAACGGAUCGAAUGGCGACAGAUCGUAAGUCACUUCACGAAGGAUGCUGCCCAGGCAGCCAGGUACGGGUAUCGUUAGGAGGACUUCCAUUGCAACGUGGACCACACUAUGGAAGGGAGGAUGGUGUAGAGAACAAAACCGAACGAUUGGGCUACCCAUCAAUCAAAACAAUGUCUCUCUGUAUCACCGUCGGUUUGGGUGAUAUUGCAGAUUCGGGUUCUGCACAUUCUUCCACGUGUUUUGGGUCUCUUAAGUAUUGCACAAAGUCCUCAAUUCGCCGCCAAAAUGCGCUGGUUAAGGAUCAGUAUCUUCUUAUUCGCGACAAUCCUGAUGUCUGCCUAUCUGGAUAACGUCCUCGGCAGCUCAGCGUCUGAGGGACACGCGAAAGCCCUUACCGACGCACUCUCACCUGAAGCCAAGGUCUAUUUUCCGAACUCGACUGAGUUCGGUACAUUGACAACGAGAUGGUCCUCAUUGGCAGAGCCCAUCAUCAACGUUGCUGUGGUUCCUGCUACAGAGGAUGAUGUUGUUAAGAUUGUCCAGUACGCAAAUAAGGAAAACUUGCCCAUCCUGGCUUUCAAUGGUGCUCACGCCGCAAUUACCACGCUAGGCCGCAUGCAGGGGGGGAUCGAGAUUUAUCUAGGCCAAUUAUCAAGUGUGAGCAUUGCCCCAGAUAAUCAGACGGUAACAGUUGGGGGUGGCACAUUAUCCAAAGCUGUCACCGAUACCCUCUGGAGUGCGGGAAAGGAAACAGUGACCGGUACCUGCGAAUGCGUGAGCGUUCUUGGCCCCGCGCUUGGAGGUGGCCACGGAUGGCUUCAAGGACAUUACGGACUUGUAGCAGACCAGUUCGUUUCUAUGAAUGUGGUAUUGGCAGACGGUACCUUGCAGACAAUCGAUGAAAACUCGGACCUCUGGUGGGGCAUGAAAGGUGCCGGUCAGAACUUCGGCAUCGUCACCUCUCUUACGUCGAAGAUUUACGAUAGAUCUCAGUACGAUUGGGCAAUUGAAACCCUUAUAUUCGACGGCGAUAAAGUUGAGGCUCUUUACCAAGCCGCUAAUGACCACCUUGCAAACAUACCCGUUAAUCUGAUCAAUUGGUCGUACUGGCUUAACAUACCUAGCCUUGACCCGAACAAGCCCAUCAUCUUGUUCUAUAUCAUCCAAGAAGGAGCAACAUCCGUCGACCCGACAUAUACGAAACCCUUCCACGAUAUCGGAGCUCUAUCAGUCGAAGCCGAAUCUGGUACCUACAAAGAUGUUGCUGGGUGGGUACAGAUUGCCCUCGAUUCCGCUCCGUGCCAAAAGUCUGGGCUCGCCAACCCACGCUUCCCCGCUUACAUCAAAGAAUACAAUGUCCCAGCUCAGAAGCUAGCAUACGACACUUACGCAGCGAAUGUGUCAGGAGAUUCACCAUUCACCUCCUCCAUUUUCAUGUUCGAAUCGUAUCCCGUCCAGGGCGUACAGGCAAUCGACGGCGACUCUACGGCAUUCGCCUUCCGAAGCGACAACAUGCUCACUGCCCCGCUAAUCACGUACACGCCCGCUGGGAAGGACCUUGAUGACCGGGCGGCCGAACUUGGCAAUCAACUUAGAGAGAUUAUCCGCCAAGGUAGCGGUAGCGAAGAGCUGCAUGCGUAUGUAAAUUACGCCUACGGGGACGAGACGCCGCAGAACUGGUACGGCUACGAACAGUGGCGCCAGGAUCGUCUUAAGGCUUUGAAGACUAAGUAUGAUCCUGAAGGCCGGUUCAGUUUCUUCGCACCGGUGGAGUAGAUUAACUAGUUGUUCUUGUAUAUAUCUACUA